AUGUCAACCCAGUCUGGUAUAGUUGUAUCGCAAGAGCUCCUUGAUGUAUUCAACACUGAAGAUAAUGCUUUAGUUGUUAAGAUAUCACCUGACUCAACCCAAUUGAUCCCAGAUAAAUCAUUUACGUUUGUCGAUAAUUCCCCUUCAUCAAUCAUUUCAUCAUUACAUACUUUUUUGGCAAAAGAGUUCCCACAACCGUCAUAUAUCAUAGUCCCCUAUGAUUCAACAAAAGUGUUUAUUAGCUUUAUACCAGAUUCGGCUGCAAUCAAGCAGAAAAUGUUGUAUGCAUCAACAAAGUCCACGUUAUUGGCCAGUUUAGGUUCAUAUAACUUCAAAUACAAGUUUUCAUGGACGGAGCUUGAUGAGGUUGAUUUUGGAUAUCUAGAAAAAUGUGUUAAAGAAGAGCGUUUGUCAGGACCUUUAAGUAAAGACGAGGAACUUUUACAAUCGAUGAAUCAACAACAUUCAAAUUAUGCACAGUUGGGAUUCAAGAGGGAAUUAGUAAGUAUGAACUCUUCAAGCAGUGAUAUCUUGUAUCAGUUCGAUGAGAAGUUGGAAACUGAAUUUAACAGUUUGGUUGCCAAUGCUGAUAAGUUUAGGUUGGUGAUAUUCAGCAUCGACGUGUCUCAAGAAUUGAUAAAACUAGACAAUAUAAUAGAUGAAGUCAAUGUGGAUCAACUUAUCAAGACAUUAGCUGAUAAUGUUAGUCCUGGUCCAAAAUAUAUUAUAUACAACUACCUGGUUAAUGAAUACGCAUUCAUAUACACUUGCCCCUCAAAAUCGUCAGUCAAGGAUAGGAUGAUUUACGCAGCUUCCAAAAAUAGCUUGAUAAAUCUUUUAAAGACAAAGUAUCUAAAUAAUGGCGAGGUUACAUUGAAUAAAAACUUGGAAGUCGGAGACUUGGAUGAAUUGGAUGUGAGUCAAUUACACAAGGAGGAUGGGAAUGCAUCAGAGACAAGUUCAGUAGCAACCCCUUCUUCAAGUUCGUCUACUACUUCAAAUAAUGGACUAAGAUUUAGUAAACCAAAAGGGCCUCGUCGUAGAUAA